ACUAUCCUAAUAAUUUAAAGUUCUUAUAGCGGACAUUUUCGUCUUCAAAUAAUCACAAAUGGGAAGUCUUCAACUUAAUUCUUUCAGAUUGCCUUCUCGUUCUGUGCCUUUCAACUUCCACUACACUUCCAACACUUGCAAAGGCCUUAAAUACUCUAGACAUUUCAGCUUCUCUAGAGGCAAUAUCAGAGCCACUGCAACCAUUCCUGAUAAUGACUCCCAGUCAAAUGCUAAAGAAGAACCUCCAGUAGUCAAUUUUGCAUUUGUUCAUUCAGUGUUACUCCCGGAUGGAACUCCAGAUAUGCAUUUUAGAACAGCAUGUGGAGGGCAGAAACUUAGGAAUAUAAUGCUGGAUGGUAAUAUUGAAUUGUAUGGACCAUAUGCUAGACCUCUGCUGAAUUGUGGAGGAGGAGGAACCUGUGCUACUUGUAUGGUUGAGGUUAUUCAAGGAAAGGAGCUGCUAAGCCCUCGAACUGACAAAGAGAAGGAAAAGCUGAAGAGGCAACCAAAAAAUUGGAGAUUGGCUUGCCAAACCACUGUUGGAACCCCUGAAUCUACAGGGCUGGUUGUCAUCCAGCAACUGCCUGAAUGGAAAGGACAUGAAUGGAAAUAUAAAAAAGUUUCACCUUCAGAGGUGUCUCAAUGACAAAUUUUGUGUAUUAUGUAUUAUAAACGAUAACAACUGUUUCAAAUCUAAUACUAAGAUGGUGAGAACUUUUCUUGUACCAAUGUUGUCAUGAAGAUGUUCAAUAAUGGUGAUACCGCACCUGGAAAGUAUAUUGUUAGAGACUUUCACCGUGUGAAGAUUAUGGAAUCCACAAUAUGUACAAUGAUUCAGCACAAAAACAUCAAGACCAUUAACAUUUCAACAUGGAUAAUGUGGAAGACUAUAGAUUCAGUCUUACCC